AUGGCCGUCAAGUGGUUUUCUCAGGAAACUAUAAAGGACCGGGAUGACUUCUUGGCAGGGCUCACCAUCAUCAAUCGUCUGCGUCACAAAAAUCUUGUCCGAUUGCUUGACAGCAAGCCACUAAGCUGGGAUCUACGUUACAUGAAUAUCAUCUCCGGGGUGGCCUUAGCGUUGAACUACCUCCACAAUGAGUACGACCAGACGGUGGUCCAUCGGGUCCUCAAGGCUAGUAACAUCAUGCUGGACUUUGACUUCAACGCACGGCUCGGGGAUUUCGGCCUCGCUCGCGCCUUGGAAAAGGAGAAGACCUCGUACAUAGAGGCCAAGUGCUUGGCCGGCACACUUGGCUACAUUGCGCCUGAAUGCUUUUUGACAGGUAAGGCCACCGACCAGUUUGAUGUCUACGCGUUCAGUGUAGUCUUGUUGGAAAUAGUUUGUGGUUUGCGACCUGGAGCAAGGAUUGAUGAGUUUCAUUGUUCGCUUGAUUAGGUAUGGUCCUUGCACCGAGAAGGCCGUAUAUUAGAUGCCGUAGAAGAGCAGCUUGGGGAUGAGUAUGUUGUUGAGGAAGCUCAGAAAGUGCUCGUUUUGGCUUUGGCAUGUUCUCAUCCGAUAGCAGGCAAAAGGCCUAGAACUCAAGCAAUUGUUCAUAUCAUAUCAGGUUUUGUUCCGGUACCUUGUGUGCCGCCAUUCAAACUGGCCUUUUUAUGGGCUUCGAUGCCUGCUCUUGAAGAAGAUGAUAUCAGCAGCCUUGGUAGCACGACGGAGAGAAAGUCCUUUCUAACGACCCAUUUGGUAUCAGGCUUCACCCCGCAAUGCAUCAGUCGAGAGCUCUAUGCCGUGGACAAAUUUAAAUCUGUGUAGUUUCUUUUGAAACUAAAACCAAGUUUGAGUACUAUAUUUUGGUUAUCAGCUUAUCUGUCAUGAAUAAUAAAUUAAUUGAAAUGUUCGUGCAUCAAUUUUAAAAACUAAUCGAGAUCUUAUGUUUUGUAGAAAUUAUUAUAAAGGAUUGUGCACAAAAGAACUCAUUUUGUGCUAAAAAUUGUGCGAAUUUCUGUAGUGAACUAAAACUGGGAGACAGAGAGAAUACGUAGGUAGAUAGACAGAACAAUGCUAUGGAUAGAGAAAAUUGGAAUGAAUAGAACCAUUCUCAAUUGUAUUGGCCGGACACAUACCCUGUGAAUGGAAUGGCUAUGCAUACAAUUGUGUCCGAAUCCUCUCAUGCACGCGUAUACAAAAUUAUGUGUUUCAAAUCACCUAUGAAACAUGUCUUUGAAUUAUUGGGAGAAUGAACAGAAAAGCCCCUCGCUCGUGGUUAUAUCCUUCGCAAGGAUCCAAACCCAAUUGGUUUGGGACUCUUUUUUCUACCAAUCAGGCCACAUUUAAUUCCUAUUGUAACGUAUGCCAUAAUCGUACCUCCUUGUUCACUCUCAUCAACUUCGGCGGCGGCUAUUUGGAUUUUUCAGCACUUGGCAGAGGGGAUCCAAUUUCCGGCCUAAACACUUCUUGUUCUCCCGCGAUUCUUACUUUUGUAGUAAGAGCUUUAAUAUGACUGUUUAUGUUACUGUUUUUUCUCUGUUCAAUUUCAAUACUUCAAUUCACGCGAAACAUUCUCUUUUUGUUUCUAGAUGUUUGUUAAUUUAUGAGCAAGUUAUCUUUUGAUUGUAAGGGGGUUUCGUUGGAUUUGGCUUUCUUGACAGUUUUUCUGUAUGACUUUGCACCUUGCGCACCAUACGAAGCUGAACUUGAGUCACUAUUUUGAUUGUUACUCUGUAACAAUUCACCCCAUUCCUCUCUCUUGAAACUUAUGUAUGCCUAACAGUGGUUGCCCCUAUU